CUUCUGCGUUCUCUCGUCUCUCGAAUCUCAUCCGUCUCUGCACUUUUCUCUUUCUCUAAUGUAAGUCUUUCCCUUCUCUCCAAACAAUCUUAGGCAUAUAUCAGUUUUAUUUUCUCUCAUUUUCUCAGCAGGCAAACAGAGGUCUGUUUAAUUGUCUAAUUUUCAGUCUGAUUACAUAACCAUUCUCUAUAUGAAUCAUAGCUUCAAUUGGAAAUAGAAAAAAAAAAAAAAAAAAAAAAAAAAAACGCCAUUUCGCUUCAUCGAUUCGAUUCAAUUCGAUUUUCUUUGGUCUCUGAUUUGGAAGUACAAAAAGAAAAAUGCUUCAACACCAAAUAGUGCAAUCCCCAGCAAGGCUUGGCCUUACAAACCCUAAUUCUCCCUCUCUCCAGAACCACCCCACCACACCUCCUAAACUCCCUCCUUCUCAGCCCUCCACCAUUCUUCCCUCCUCCUCCUCCUCCUCCUCCGCCUCCGCCUCCGCCGCCACAGCCGCCGCCGCCACCACCACCACCACAUCAUCUGCAUUGCUCUCCCUCCUUCCCCCGCUCCCCAGAGCCCAAUCCCUUCUACUCCAAAUGGCCUCCCUCGCCUCCAGACUCUUCGAAGUCUCUCCGAAUCGAUCCCUUUGGCACACCGCAUUCCGCGGCAAUCUCCCCACCUUCCUCUCUUCCCAAACCACCCAACAAUCCCUCGACUCCUCCCCUUCCUCCACCAAGGAAAUCCUCUCCCUCUUUACUGCCCUCCAGACCCAGCUCUUCGAGUCCGUCGCCCAACUCCAGGAGAUUCUUGAUCUCCAGGAUGCCAAGAACAAAGUCGUCCGCGAAAUUCGGUCAAAAGACUCUGCGCUCCUUGCCUUUGGCCACAAAGUCAAAGAGGCCGAGCGGGUGCUUGACAUUCUUGUCGACGACUACUCCGAUUAUCGCCACCCCAAGAGAUCCAAAUUGGAUGACGAUGCUAUGGAUGAUGAUGGUGGUACCUCCAGCAGCACUACCGUCGCUUCACAGUUGAAUUUAUCGGAUAUCCUGUCCUAUGCUCACCGGAUUAGCUACACAACCUUUGCACCCCCUGAAUUUGGUGCUGGACAAGCUCCCCUUCGCGGGGCAUUGCCUCCAGCCCCACAGGAAGAGCAAUUGCGUGCUUCUCAAUUGUACAACUUUGCAUCCCUUGAUGUUGGUCUGCCUAAGAUUGUGGAGAGUGAUGAGAAGACUGUUGAGCCAAUGAUUGAGCCUCCUGCUCCAGCCCCUACGGAGUCUAAUCCGCUGGCCAAUUUGGCUACCAUUCAGGGUCUGCUUCAUCCAAACAUCACAGUUCCAUCAGGUUGGAAACCUGGAAUGCCCGUGGAACUACCGACCGAUUUGCCCAUGCCUCCACCUGGAUGGAAGCCCGGGGAUCCGGUGCCGCUGCCCCCAUUGGCGUCUCUUCCAGUUCCUAGAGUUGGGGAACAACAAUUGCGUCCUAAACCACCGGAGCCAAUACAGGUUCGCCCUGUUCAGCUUGAUAUCAUCGACCAAGAUGAUGACAGUAGUGAUUAUAGCAGUGAAGAGGGCACAUCCGAAGAUGAUGAUUAAUGAUCAGAUAUGCACCAAGUAGUUUCUAUUUCAGGCUUGAGUGUUUGCCUUGACAGUGGAUGCCUCUCGAAGAUCUGUGUAUAAGUGCGGCAAAAGGAUCGUUGUGGUCAAUUCGAUGUGAGAUUUGCAGAUUGGGACAAAGUGUACUUGCGAAUCAUGUAAAAACUAUUAUGAGGGAAAGUGAUACCACUGACUUUUACUUGGACUGGCAGUUGAUAGCUAAUUUCUUAACGCAUUGACCAAAGCUUAUUUGAAGUUUUUGUUCAAGCUUAGCUACUCAACAUUCCGGAAUCUGAAUCGGCUUGCUUGCGGUUUUGCUUUGCAGAGGUAACCUGGGAGUUGCAGGUAUUGAUGCCUUCUAGCUGCGCAACAUUAGUAAGAAAAUAGUAGAGCACAAUGAAUCUUUGAACCCACCCUGGUAUAAAGUUUAUGCUGUUGCCGCAUCUUGUUUUUUUAUUGUAUUAAUUGUAUCCUCUCAGUAACGAACUCUGUAAAGUUCGUAGGCUUGCUGUAUUUGACUUUUGAACCGAAUGGCGAAUGCGUAACAUGAAUAAUAGUUAACACUGAUAGCAGGUGUGCUUAUCUUUUUCUU